CGCCUGACGGCAGCUGCAAAGCAGUUUUUCAGCAGCCGCAAGUGAGGGUCCGGCGCUGCCUCCCCGAGCCGCCGUGCGACCCCGCGGCCCCGCGACCGGAGCCAAUGCUCGAUCUGGAGGUGGUGCCCGAGCGCUCUCUGGGGAACGAGCAAUGGGAGUUCACCUUAGGAAUGCCUUUGGCUCAGGCUGUAGCAAUUCUUCAGAAGCACUGUCGCAUCAUCAAAAACGUCCAGGUUCUCUACAGUGAGCAGUCCCCUCUUAGCCAUGACCUCAUCCUUAACCUGACUCAGGAUGGAAUCAAACUGCUGUUUGAUGCUUUCAAUCAGAGACUUAAGGUGAUUGAAGUUUAUGACUUGACUAAGGUGAAGUUAAAAUAUUGUGGUGUCCAUUUUAACUCUCAGGCAAUUGCUCCAACCAUAGAACAAAUUGAUCAGUCAUUUGGAGCAACACAUCCAGGAGUGUAUAACUCAGCUGAGCAGCUCUUUCACCUCAAUUUCAGAGGACUGUCGUUUUCUUUUCAGUUAGACUCCUGGACUGAAACUCCGAAGUACGAGCCUAACUUUGCCCAUGGUCUGGCCUCUCUGCAAAUCCCACAUGGUGCGACUGUGAAGCGCAUGUACAUCUACAGCGGGAACAGUCUGCAGGACACCAAGGCUCCCCUGAUGCCUCUCAGCUGUUUCCUUGGCAAUGUGUAUGCUGAGAACGUGGAUGUUCUGCGAGAUGGAACUGGACCCUCAGGUUUACGGCUUCGCCUCCUCACUGCAGGCUGUGGCCCAGGUGUUUUAGCCGACGCCAAGAUGCGGGUAUUCGAGCGCUGCGUGUACUUCGGCGACUCGUGCCAGGACGUGCUCAGCACCUUGGGCUCGCCACACAAAGUCUUCUACAAGUCCGAGGACAAGAUGAAGAUCCAUUCGCCCUCGCCCCAUAAGCAGGUCCCAUCGAAGUGCAAUGACUACUUCUUCAAUUAUUUCACACUUGGAGUGGAUAUUCUCUUUGAUGCAAACACUCACAAGGUGAAGAAAUUUGUCCUGCAUACAAAUUAUCCUGGUCAUUACAACUUUAACAUUUACCAUCGCUGUGAAUUCAAGAUUCCCCUCGUCAUUAAGCGAGAUAGUGCUGACUCACAGACAGAAACAUGUACAACAUACAGCAAGUGGGACAGUAUUCAGGAUCUACUGGGGCACCCUGUAGAGAAGCCAGUGGUACUUCACAGGUCAUCAUCUCCGAACAACACUAACCCGUUCGGGUCAACGUUUUGCUUUGGACUGCAACGAAUGAUCUUUGAGGUGAUGCAGAAUAAUCACAUAGCCUCUGUCACCCUGUACGGCCCCACACGGCCCAGCAGCCAGCUGAGGACGUCGGACCUUCCCCACCUUCCCACCCAGGAGCGGUGUGGAGAGGGAAUUCUCUCAACCCUUCAUCAUGGGGCAUGGAACUGUUGAUGGAGGAAAGCAGCUUAGGUGCCUGUGCCGUCGUUUAUUCCUCUCCGUUGCCCUCAUCCUAUGCAGCACAGACCUGAAGAGACUGUCCCUCCUUCUCAGCUGGCAGAAGGGGGAAAUGGAAGAGGGGCACAUAAUGACUGCAAGAGUUAGAAGCACAAACUUUCUGAGCCUUGGAGCAUCUGGAAGCAGAGAUCAUAUUUGAAGUACCUGACUAGUGUUCCUCCUUUAUAGCCAAUUCAGUGUGUUCUCCAAAGAAACAGUAACGAACAACUUGCACUCUGUUUCCUGGUAGAUAUGUUAAAGUGUUUUGUAAGUGUUGGCCCUGAGGUGUGGAAGGCUCCACAAAAGCUGCAAGAGGAGAUAAAUCCUUGAUGGGAAUAUUUGACUAAUGGCUAUGCAGAUGCUGCCAGGAUCCUUCUCUCAAGCAUAUUCAGUUGAAAUUCUUCAGAAGAGUGAGGUCAGGCCUGCUGCUGUAGUGUGCACCCUGAGCCUUAGGGCAGGACAGCACCAAAGAUGUGUAACAACUGCUGGGACUCCCAUCUUCACUUGUAAUGCUCUGGUGUGUCCAAGUGACUAAAACAGUGCAGGUAAUUAGCAGUGCUCUCCUGACAACCCAGAUUCUGCUCUAGGUCAGUCCCUUCAUACUGAAAAUUUCUCUGCACAGA